GUUAAUUAGUCGUCAUUUUGAUUUCCGCAUAAAUGUCACGUCGGCGAUGACAUUUCUUUCAGUUGACAAGUCGUAGGGGCCGGCCGUAGGGAGAAAUUAUUUAGAAUGAAUCAAGGAGGCGGCCUUGCUUGUUGCGCUGUUUGCAACGAGAAAACUCAGCGGAGAUGUGGUCGCUGUCUCAACAUUUAUUAUUGUAAUACUGACCACCAACGACAAGACUGGAAAAGACAUAGAAGUGAAUGUGCACCCAAGUUACCGAAGCAGGGUACGAAAAGUGAUAAUUCAGGUGAACGUACGAUAGUUGGUGAAGAAGCCACGAAGAAAGUGAAAGACGGAACUUCCAACGUCACGGAGGAGAGUCACCAAGGGUGUUCAAAAGACGGUAGUGAUACAAGACGUUCGAAAAAAAGUAAAUCAAAGUCCGUAAAAAAUAGUGGUAAAGAGGGUAGCACGAUAGGUGUUAGUAAACAUAGCGCACAAGUAUCGACUGAGAACGUUAAACAAAGUGAGCCAGGCACAUCGAGAGCCUCGGCGCACAAUGACAGUAGUGUGAUAUCUAGUGUAGUGUAUACAAACCGCGACUUGUCGACGGGUAGUGCCAUAACUUACGAGGGUUCCUCGGAGCAGGAGGUGUUGCGUGAGACUGCGCAGCUGCUGAGCACCGUGGACUUCUCAGCGCCAAGUACCUCUAAUGUGUUACGGGCAGUGAACAGGACUGAUACUGCUAAAAUGCCUGUACUACCUAACUAUGGGGCUGAGCAGGGUACGAGGACGAAGGAGUACCCUGAGGCCUCACUGAAGGGUAGCGGGGCACCGUUUGGUCACAUGCCUAAUAGUUACUACAUGGACCCGAGUGACUCUUGUUAUGAAAUCUGUCACAGAGUGAUUAGAGAUAUGACUCAGUAUGGUGUUUGUGUUCUGAACAAUUUCCUUGGCAGGGAACGAGGACUUAUGGUGUUAAAUGAAGUGUUAGAAAUGUAUAGAUCAGGAAUAUUCACUGCUGGUCAGCUAGUUUCAAAUUCAGCGACAACAGAAGCACAAACAAUCCGAAGUGACCUCAUUACGUGGAUAGACGGCAAGGAACCAAACUGCACAUAUAUCAGACAGUUAAUUAGUCAAGUUGACAAUAUCAUACUGAGAGCAAACAAGAUGGCCAACAAUGGGAAAAUGGGUGACUACGUGAUCAAUGGAAGGACGAAGGCAAUGGUAGCAUGCUACCCCGGCUCAGGCAGCCAUUACGUGAAACAUGUGGACAACCCAAACAAAGAUGGCCGCUGUAUUACCGCUAUAUACUAUCUGAAUCUCGACUGGGAUGUCAAACGAUGUGGAGGAUUGCUCAGGGUGUUCCCAGAAGGUACGAACCAAGUGGCUGACAUAGCUCCCAUCUUCGACAGGAUGCUGUUCUUCUGGUCAGACAGACGGAACCCCCACGAGGUCCAGCCUGCAUACAGCACCAGAUAUGCCAUCACGUUAUGGUACUUUGACGCACAUGAAAGAGAGGAGGCGCGGAGGAAUUUCAAAGAACGCGGCCAGCCGUCUUCGAGUAAGUGAUGUCGGCGUCCGUGCGGUCCGCGGCUUGCGCCCGCGCAUCCCCCGCCAAUCACCGCCGACUGCCUAACUCCUAACACCGGUAUUCUAAAUUAUAUUAGAAGAUUAUAUUUAAAUUAUGUAAUGUUAUUGUUAUAUUGUUGACAGUCAUAGUUAUAAUUAGAAAAAAAUCGUUCCAAAAUAAUUCUACACUCUGUGUAGUUAUACCUUUUUUUAGUUCUUCUGAAGCAGUGUUUUUAAUGUUUAAGGUAACUAGCACUGAUUAAUGAAAAUGUUUCCAAAAGCAAUAACUAUUAACUAUACUAAUACUUCUAUCAUGUAAUGGUGUUCUUUAACCAUUAUAAAAUUUAUUUCAGUUUAAUUACUAAUUUUAAGUUUUUUUUUUGCAUAAUUCAUACUUGUGUCAAUUCUCUUUUAUCCCUUAUUCUCAGAAAGGUUAGAGUUACUUUGCUAUGUAUUUUCAACCUCGUUCAGAUGGUAUUUAUAUAUUAAAAACACUGCUUCUAAAGUAUUUUUAACAUUGCAAAUAUUACUAAAAU